AUGACAGGAAGUCUUGAUGUGGGUCCUCAGGGUAAACUGCGCACAUUCCUUAGUUAUCCACACUGCAGAGUGGCUUUAGAUUUUAUGAUAGGAAAAACGCAUCAGCAUGCUCGGUGCGAGAACCUGAUCGAGUACUGCCCAGAAGCAGAGAGUGUCAAUCUGAUGGAAUACAAACCUACUGUUCGGCAUCAGUCUGUGCUCGGUGCGAGAACCUGGAUCGAGUACUGGCCCACAGAAGCAGAGUGUCAGACUGAUGAAUACAAACCUACCUGUUCUGGCAUAAAGGGAAUGGUCGAGCAGUACACACUCUUUGGAUGUCAGCAGUAA